UUCAAAAUUAUGAUUUUUCAACUGUGGAAUAUUGGAGCGAGUGGCUGAUAUGAGCUGCAGAAGUGUGCGGUGAUGAAUGUAACUGACUUUUGCUCUCAUUUUAUCGUCAACAACAACUGCUCCGCCGUCGCCACCGCUUCCCUCCGCCGCCUAACAGUUGAUGUUUCAAAAAUAAGUUGUGCAUUAUCCUUGGUUUUUGCAAGAUACAAGGGGUGAAGAACAUCUGCCACCUCUCUUCUCUGGGUUUUUAGCACAGUAAAUCCAAUGUCUUGGUCCAUACAAACUUCAUUGCAGAAGCAUAGAACCAUGAUUCACCAAACCCUGAUAAGUUUUCCUAAAGUUAACAUUCAGAACACGCAAACCGAGUUUAAAAACCCGUCAACUUUUCCGGAUAAAUGUUCCAUGAGAGCAUGCCGCUUGAAGGAACAAACUCGGUGUGAUAACAGAGGCGCGGUUUCACACUAUCGUAGGCUGCAGAUCCACUCUCAGCGAGUCGAGUGUGUGGCGAACGGGGACCCACAAGAGUUGUUAGAUGAAGAUGAGGAGCUCUGCCCCGUCGAAUGUGUCAGAGAAAUCAAGAAGGAUGAGGAACUACUCACAGUUCUAGAGAAAGCGAAAAAGGCUAAUACAUUGGUUGUGGUCGACUUCUAUCGCACUUCAUGUGGUAGUUGCAAGUAUAUUGAACAGGGUUUCGCAAAAUUGUGCAAAGGGUCAGGUGAUGAGGAGGCUGCAGUUAUCUUCUUAAAGCAUAAUGUGAUUGAUGAAUAUGAUGAGCAAUCGGAUAUAGCAGAACGACUUCGAAUUAAGACGGUUCCUCUCUUUCAUUUCUAUAAAAAUGGGAUCCUAUUGGAAGCUUUUCCUACCAGAGAUAAGGAACGGAUUAAAGCGGCUAUAGAAAAAUAUACAGCCCCUGCACCGGCUCCUGCUGCUUAAUAAAACAAGACGAUCCGGUAAUGUGCCUAAAUUUUGCCACCUGCAGAUCAUAGUUUAGAUACAACUUGCAUGGUGUUAUAUGUAAUUCAAUCCAUGCUAAUGUUUUUAAUUUUGUAGGCUACAAAAUAAAGAAUGAAAAAUUAAUCAUUAUGUAUAAAUGAAUAAAACUAUAUAUUUGUUACAAGAAAA